GCGGAUCGUCGUGACGAUAUGACUGGCGAGUCCCCAAACACGGACUUUCGUUCUUGCAGAUCUUGUCUGGUGUGCACAGAGACAUAGCAUACUCUGGCCCUGAAGAAAGCUAGUGAAGGGCUAUUGCAUGGUGGGAGGUCCCCACCACCUCAACGCUGACCAUGGCGCGAGGUCGGAUAGAGCCGGUCGUCCAAUUAGGCCGUGGUCGCUGCUGUACACUUUUCUGCAGUACUCUGUUACGGCGGCAGCGGCAGCGACAAGACCUGCAGCCAAAUCAACGAGAGGCCGCUUCAUCCAGCGUGCCCUACUCUUUCCCUUCAGCAGCCAGGGUCGGCCCGCUCUUCUUCUCAUUGCGCCAUCAAAGCUCCGACGCACACCAGUUGCGCAAAGGAAUUCAAUCUCCCGACGACCCGGAAUCAUCUUCAGAUAAGAGGCUGCAGAUUCAACAAGAACUGUUUUCUCGCUCAGCAGCUCUCUGCCUCUCGCGACAAUCCGGUGACGGGUCUCACGUAGCCAACGCAAUCCAGAAGCACGAUAUCACCGAUUCGCUGGCUGGCCCCGAGGAUGACGAUUUUGACUGGCUUGCCGGGCUGACGGAGGGGCGUGCUACGGCCAAUCCCGUCGCUAUCGAUAGCGGGAUGCUCAUGCUUCAUGCGACGGAGGCAUCGCAGCUUUCUUGGGAGGCAUCGCUCGCUCGGGACGGACAGACACGGAAGGGCUUGGAAGCCAACCCGUUCUACCCGGUCGGGACAAAAUUCAGCUCUCGAGGCACUGGCCCCCUUUACAAUCUAGUUCGGUCUACUCAGCGCCGAAGCGCACAUACUGCGGCCUCAAAAUUCCCUGAAUCGUUGUCCUCGUCGUCAGCCCGGGUCUCUUCUUCAGCCCAUCGAUCGAGUCCAUCGUCUCGCAACGUUGACGCCCCUUACCAUGCACACCCACUGCGAUUCCCUACGCACAUUCUCAAUCCCACGCCUUAUGAAGUGUUUCACCUCUCUCCAAAUGCAACGGCCCAAGAUGUCAAAGCACGCUACUAUGAGCUCGUCAAGCUGCUACAUCCCGACCGCCACUUUUCUGCACGCCGAGGGGUCUGCAAAGAAAGAGGAGCGAAUGAAAAGGAGCUGGACGUGUCGUCACAAAAUAGAGCAGCAAGCCAAAGCAUUGAUCUGGAACAAGCCCAUUUCAAAGUCAUCGUCGCAGCGUAUGAGCUGCUGGGCGACUCGCGUAAACGGGCCGUGUACGACAAAGCCGGCUUGGGUUGGCAGAAGGGCGGCACGACCAAUGCGGCAGGACCCAGUCCGCCGUGGUGGGGCGGGCGUCCGCCACGCACACCGGAUGAAUGGGCCGCUUUCAAUGCAUGGAGCAUCCAUCUCCGUCGGACGGCCGCUGCAGGCGGCACAGGCAACCGCGCACGCACCGGUUGGGAAUUUCGCGGCAGCGCGGCUGCUUCUCAUGGAGGGCCAGAGGGUCACGAUGCGUUCGGCUGGCAGCGAUACGCGGGCGCGGCGGAAUAUGGGUCGUUCUACGGAUUCAAAGCCCGCGAUCGCAUGGCGCGCGAAGAGCGCGAAAAACACGGAGGUAACACGUGUAUCACGUCGAAUGCCCGGCUCUUUGGCUCAAUUCUGUUUGUAACGUGGCUCGUUGCGGCGCUUCAGUAUCAGCGUUUAGCAUGCGAAAGCCAAUGCGCCGUCGAGCGCGCGAACAAGCAUCAUCUUGAUGCGGUUAAGAGUCUUAAAGAAGCAAGGGAGAUGGCACGCAGCCAAGAGGGCAAGUUGAGGUACCAGGAGAUGCGUAGACGCGCAAAGGAGAGUAGCGUGCUGAGAGAGGUGGAAAGGCUGGAGGCCCGUGCAGCGGCGGAUGCUGUGCGUCUUUCGCAUGAUGAGCAAAGUCAAGGUCCUGGGGAAGCCGACGUCGGCCUGCUAACGGCUGAUAAUCAGUCCACUUUGCCUGGCGUCAUUGGCCAUGGCGGGCCGAGUGGAAAGGAGGCGCAUGACGCGCGGCGCGAUCGACACGAGCGAUUGAGGAACCAGCAGACGAGAGGAGUGUGGUCGCUGUAGAUGGCGGGGCAGCGGUCAUCCAAUUUUCCAUGGAUGGAGUCGUGCGUAGAAACCUUCAUACGAAGGCGUGCCAACGCGAACACAUAUAGACUCAUAUAGACUCUGACUGUCCGUCCUAUAAUUCCAUCUGUCCAACUGAGCGGCCAGGCUCUUCGCUGGACGAUGCGUGGUGCUCCACUCGAGUCAGCUGGCGCAGGAGUACGGCAAAGCAGAGUACGGGAUUCCUUCGGGUUCUCGGAAAGUCCAAAAAGCUUUCCUGGCCAAUCAGAACGUCUGGCCAAAAAAGGUUCAAAUGCGGGAGAUGGAUAGACCUUUCGUGAUUCGUCCACAGUUUCUCACGGUCUCAUCAUCUGCUGUGGGUGAGCGCAUCUACUUUAUAUCUUUCUUCCGACAAUGGUUCGCA